UGCCGGAGCCCGCAGCCCUGGCGCCCGCCGCCGCCCGGAGCCCCGCAAUAUGCCGCCGCGGCCCUCUGGCUCUCGGCCAUGGCGAGGCUCAGCCGGCGCGUCCCUUGCACCCUGCUCUUCGGCCUGGCCGCGGUGUUGCUGAAGGCACAGCUGGUCCCCGCGGCCGCCAGAGCCGAGCUCAGCCGCUCGGAUCUCAGCCUCAUCCAGCAGCAGCAACAGCAGCAGCAACGGCAGCGGGAGGAGGCUGAGGAGGAGAGGCCAGAGGUGCCUGGGGCAUCCUCCACCGUUACUGUUCCAGUGUCUGUAUUUAUGCUGAAAGUCCAGGUGAAUGACAUCAUCAGUCGUCAGUCCCUGAGUCAAGCAGUUGUAGAAGUGUUUGUAAACUACACAAAGACCAAUUCCACAGUAACUAAAAGCAAUGGAGCAGUGUUGAUAAAAGUGCCCUACAAAUUAGGGCUCAGCUUAACCAUUAUUGCUUACAAAGAUGGCUACGUGUUGACGCCUCUACCUUGGAAGACCGGAAGAAUGCCAAUCUAUUCGUCAGUUACACUUUCCCUGUUCCCGCAAAGCCAAGCAAACAUAUGGCUAUUUGAAGACACUGUUUUAAUUACUGGAAAAUUAGCUGAUGCCAAAUCCCAACCAAGUGUUCAGUUUUCAAAAGCCUUAAUUAAACUGCCUGACAGCCAUCACAUCAACAACGUUACAGGCUAUCUUACAGUUCUACAGCAGUUUCUGAAGGUGGACAAUUUUCUGUACACAACUGGAAUUACUCUCAAUAAAUCAGGUUUUGAAAGCAUUGAAUUGACUCCUCUUGCUGCAAUAUGUGUGAAAAUAUAUUCAGGGGGAAAAGAAUUAAAGGUGGAUGGCUCUAUUCAAGUUUCUCUGCCCCUUCUGCAUACAAGUGAUGUCAGUGCAGGGGAUCACGUACCUGCCUGGACGUUUGAUAUGAACACAGGUGCUUGGAUAAAUCACGGCCAGGGAAUGGUCAAGGAAUAUAACAGUCAUUUGGUUUGGACAUAUGACGCACCACAUUUGGGCUACUGGAUAGCAGCUCCACUUCCAGGAACUAGAGGUUCAGGUAUAAAUGGAGAUUCAAAGAACAUAACUGCCUACCACACAGUGUUUCUCACAGCCAUAUUAGGAGGAACAAUAGUCAUUGUCAUUGGAUUUUUUGCUGUACUUCUUUGUUAUUGCAGGGAUAAAUGUGGUACUCCGCAGAAAAGAGAAAGAAAUAUCACUAAACUUGAGGUCCUCAAAAGAGACCAGACAACUUCAACAACACACAUAAAUCACAUCAGUUCAGUCAAAGUUGCAUUAAAAGCCGAGGACAAGUCACAGUUGUUCAAUGCCAAAAACUCCUCAUACAGCCCUCAGAAAAAGGAACCGUCCAAGGCAGAAGCAGAAGAAAGGGUUUCCAUGGUAAAAACUCGGGACAAUUUUAAAAUCUACAAUGAAGAUGUUUCCUUUCUAUCAGUCAAUCAAAAUAAUUACUCAAGAAACCCACCACAGUCUUUGGAGCCCAAUGUCGGGUCCAAACAACCUAAACAUAUUAACAACAAUUUAUCUUCAUCUCUAGGUGAUGCUCAAGAGGAAAAGAGGUAUCUCACAGGUAAUGAAGAGGUGUAUGGGCGUUCCCACAUUCCUGAACAACUUAUGCAUAUCUACAGCCAGCCCAUUGCCAUUCUUCAAACGUCUGACCUUUUCUCCACCCCAGAGCAGUUGCAUACUGCUAAGUCAGCUACUUUGCCAAGAAAAGGACAGUUAGUCUAUGGCCAAUUGAUGGAACCAGUAAAUAGAGAGAACUUUACACAGACAUUGCCCAAAAUGCCAAUGCAUUCUCAUGCACAGCCUCCAGAUGCCAGGGAAGAGAAUAUCCCCCUCGAAGGUCAACAGAGCUUACCAUCCCAAACUUCAGAUUGGAGCCGGUAUUCGAACAGCUUACUGGAAUCUGUCUCUGUUCCUGGAACACUAAACGAAGCUGUUGUGAUGACUCCCUUUUCAUCAGAGCUUCAAGGGAUUUCAGAACAGACCCUCCUGGAGCUGUCCAAAGGAAAGCCCUCCCCACAUCCCAGAGCCUGGUUUGUGUCUCUUGAUGGAAAGCCAGUUGCACAAGUGAGGCAUUCCUUUAUAGACUUGAAAAAGGGCAAGAGAACCCAGAGCAAUGACACGAGUCUGGACUCUGGGGUGGACAUGAAUGAGCAUCACUCAAGUAGAAAACUUGAGAGGGAGAAAACUUUCAUCAAAAGCAUGCAUCAGCCUAAGAUCCUGUACUUAGAAGAUUUAGACCUGAGCAGUAGUGAGAGUGGAACCACUGUCUGCUCCCCUGAGGACCCAGCUUUAAGGCACAUCCUAGAUGGAGGGAGCGGAGCUAUCAUGGAGCACCCUGGGGAAGAGUCUCCAGGAAGAAAAAGUACCGUUGAGGAUUUUGAAGCCAAUACAUCCCCCACUAAAAAAAGGGGCAGACCACCACUAGCCAAAAGAGAUAGCAAGACUAAUAUCUGGAAGAAGCGAGAGGAACGCCCACUGAUUCCCAUAAAUUAACACCAAGGGUGGUUGUGUCUGCUGUCUCGUGCUGUUUAUUCUUGCUUCUUGUUGUAAACUGCAGUGUGAACUGAAGAAGUUGAGACUGAGCAAUCUCAUGGUCCCUGGAUGUGUCUCAAGCAGAGUAACUAGUAAAGUGUUAAUUCAGUAAUGAGAGAAGGAUACCGAGCGAUGCUUUUUCUGGCCUAUUCGUUUAUUUUUGGGUGAUGAAGUAUCCAAGAGAUAAAAAUGUAAAAUAGCUUCAAGAUGUCGGUUCCCCGAAAAUGUUGCUCACUCAGCCAAUUUAGCCCUGACUCUCUUGAGAAUAACAGCGAAAUGUGUACUCCUAAAAGUUGCUUCCAAAAAUCUUGCCUCUGCUUUGAUGACUACCCCUGUGAAACAUUUAGAAAUGAAACUGUUCUUCAGGCAUUAUCUUCUUGUGAAAUGUUACUGUUAUGUUCUUUUUUGACUGUACUUGGAAAUAACUUGAUAAAUGUUCUGGAUUGAUGUUAUUGUAGAGUUUAAAGACCAAACAUUUUCUUUUUGUAAUCAACAGCAUGUGUAUUGUAUCAACCCAAAAGGAAAUCCCGUCCUCCUGGAAGACGGGCAAGAAGCAACUUGGUUGUUGGAGAGGAAAACACCAGCUCUUCGGUUGUUUUUGAAUAUAACUUCACAGAAUAAAUGAUAAGGUGUUAGCUUGUUAUUUAUAAAUCUGAGAAGUGAAUGCUGUGAUACUCAAUAUUUAUUUUAAAUCCCCCGCCAAAAGUGAAGUGAGCUUAGCUGUCAAGAAAAACUUUUUACUGAUCUAGAAAAAAACCCAUAUUUUUAGUUUAAAACUCACUGAUACAUGUAGCUAAAAUUGGUUUUAAGAUAUUUCUUCUAUUCAAAAAAAAAAAAAACGAAUUCAGUCACUUAAACACUAUUAAACUUGAUUUUUAAAAAGUCAGU